ACGACUACUUCCUCUACGUCGUGUCAUUGCUUCCGCAGCCGGUCUGCGUUGGCCCAUCACGAGAAAGGAGAUCCAGUACGUAGUUCUGUUCAACUCGGUCCGGUUCUCAUUCCGUCGCGGCGAUCGCUGACCUCCCUCCAUCGCCGCAACUGCAAAACCCUCCUCGCCGGUAACUUACCCCUGCGACCAUCCAUGGCCACCUUCACCGGAGCACCGCUCCCGCCGGCCGGCGCCGGAAAGGAGAAGCCGCUCGCGCGCCCCGCACCGGCAACCGCUCCCGCGGACCUCGCGAAUCCAGGGAAGAAGACGCGCCGCCGGGUGCCGAUGACGGACGAGGAUCGGUGGAGGAUCGACCGCCUGAAGGAGCUGCACGCGUCAGGGACCGAGGAGCUGCACGAGCUGAUGGACAUACACAAGGAGCUGCGCGACUACCACGACGAGCUUCUGUUCCGGCGGAGGUGCCUGGCCGCGCGCCUGGUCAGCCGGGUCGCCUUCCAGCGCCGCGACGCCGCCGCCUACGUCAAGCACCACCUUGGCCUUGGCCUGAAGGUGGGGGAUAAGCUGCCGGAGGAGCUCAAGCAGGCCAGGCCGCCAAUCUCAAUGGCCCUUUUCUUGUGGCAUGAGAUGGGCAGGGCCUUGUACAUAGGCAUGGAUAACUUCAUGGAUGAGUACAGCAACACCGAAGAGUACCGGAGAGGGAUGCUGGCGUUGGUGCCCGGGGCUGUCCCUGAUGAGAACGGAGCCCCGCCGGAUUCUGUUUGCUUGGUGUGGAUGAGUGCUUGUUUAAUCCUGAGAACGAAAUGUUGCUAAUGCAUGUUUUGUUGUGUUCAGGAUGACUACUUGUUUGAUGCUAUUGUGUUGAGCAUGAUUUAUUUAUGGCGUGAGUGCUUCAAUCAAACCAAGUGGACUAAUCCUUUAUUUUUGA